CUUCUCUUCCAUCUCCUUGCAAUGGUGACGGUGGAGAACUCCGAUGCCGUAUUCCCCGCCGGGACCGUCGAAGGGGUAGAGUUCGCGCGGCGCGUUCCACUCCCACCCCCUCGGCCAUUCCUAGACACCUUGAGGGCCAACCUCAAGGAGACUCUCUUCCCCGAUGAUCCCUUCCAGCAAUUCAAGAACGAGACGGGGUCAAGAAGGUUCCUAGUGGGAUUGAAGUACUUCUUCCCGGUCUUCCAAUGGGCUCCGAGAUAUAACCUUAGUCUCUUAAGGUCGGACCUCGUUGCGGGGUUUACGAUCGCCAGCCUUGCCAUACCCCAAGGGAUUAGCUACGCCAAGCUCGCCAACCUGCCGCCAGUCCUAGGCCUAUAUUCGAGCUUUGUGCCGCCGAUGGUGUACGCAGUGAUGGGGAGCUCGAAGGAUCUCGCAGUGGGGACUGUGGCGGUGCCAUCGCUGUUGAUUGCGUCGAUGCUGGGAAAGGACGUGCCGCCGUCGCAGAACCCGACACUGUACGUGCACUUGGUCUUCACCGCGACGUUCUUUGCUGGGGUGUUUCAAGCGUCCUUGGGGCUGUUAAGGCUGGGUUUCAUAGUUGACUUCUUGUCGCAUGCGACCAUCGUGGGAUUCAUGGGGGGAGCUGCCACAGUGGUGUGCCUUCAACAGCUGAAGGGGAUGCUGGGCCUCCAACACUUCACCACAGCUACUGACCUUAUCUCGGUGAUGGAAUCUGUUUUCACACAAACCCAUCAGUGGAGAUGGGAAAGUGUGGUUCUCGGCAGCUGCUUCCUGUUCUUCCUCCUCCUCACACGCUUUUUAAGCAAAAAAGGCCCCAAAUUCUUCUGGAUCUCCGCAGCAGCUCCAUUGACAUCGGUGAUACUGGGGAGCCUCGUGGUGUACCUCACCCAUGCAGAAAACCACGGUGUGCAAGUGAUUGGCUACUUGAAGAAGGGUCUGAAUCCACCAUCACUGAGCAAUCUGGUUCUCUCAGCACCGCACAUGAUGGUAGCACUCAAGACUGGCAUCAUCACCGGGAUCAUCGCCCUUGCGGAGGGGAUCGCUGUGGGGAGGAGUUUUGCCAUGUUCAAGAACUACCAUAUAGAUGGCAACAAAGAGAUGAUCGCCUUUGGGACGAUGAACAUCGCCGGAUCUUUGACAUCCUGCUACCUGACCACCGGGCCGUUCUCGAGGUCGGCGGUGAACUACAACGCCGGCUGCAAGACGGCGCUCUCCAACGUGGUGAUGGCGGUGACGGUGAUGGUCACUUUGCUGUUCUUGACGCCCUUGUUCCACUACACUCCUCUGGUGGUGCUCUCCGCCAUCAUCAUAUCUGCCAUCGCCGGCCUUAUCGACUACGAGGCGGCGCUGCACCUGUGGCAGGUCGACAAGAUCGACUUCUGCGUCUGCAUGGGUGCAUACUUGGGCGUCGUCUUCGGCAGCAUCGAGAUCGGGCUGGUCAUUGCCGUGGCGGUCUCCAUGCUUAGGAUUCUACUCUUUGUGGCGCGGCCGAGGACCACCGUCCUCGGAAACAUCCCCAACUCGUCGACCUACCGGCGCAUGGAUCAGUAUUCGGCGGCGCAGAGCGUUCCCGGAGUGCUCAUUAUCCGAAUCGACGCUCCGAUCUACUUUGCCAAUGUGAGCUACUUGAGAGAGAGGAUAACAAGGUGGACCAACGAAGAGGAGGACAUGCUAAAAUCCAAGGCAGAGACCAGCUUACAUUACGUGAUACUAGAUAUGGGAGCUGUGGGUAGCAUCGACUCAAGUGGGACUGGCAUGCUGAAGGAGGUCAAGGAGAGUUUGGGCAGAAGGGGCCUUCAGCUGGUGCUGGCAAACCCUGGAAGCGAGGCGAUGAAGAAGAUGGAUAAGUCGAAGGUGCUCGAAACCAUCGGUCAAGAGUGGAUCUUCCUCACCGUGGGCGAGGCAGCUGCUGCGUGCAACUUUAUGCUCUGCACAUGCAAGUCCGGCAUGGUCGAUGAGGCAGAGCGCGAAAACAUCGUCUGAGAGCGUGGAUGGAAUAUAUAUAUAUAUAUAUAUUUGUGUGUGUGUGUGUAUGGAAACCAAAAUUUAAGUGAUGGUUUCGUGCGCCAAAAAAGGCAAAAUGUUGGCAAGAACACGAAGCUCUGUUUACUCCUGCUUUCUUGUUCAUGCUUUAUGUUUUCGGAGGAACAUUACUGAAUUAUCA